GAGAUUGAGUCUGUUUUGGCCUUGCUGGUGACCCACCGCGGGGUGUUCUUUGUUCACAACCUCGUCACUGCCAUCCAGGUCCUGGGGUCGCUGGCAGACGACAUCAAGGAUCCCAUGCAGGUAAAUCGACUUCUCCGGGAUCCCAGGUAUGAUGUCCUUUUGCGCGACCUGUUUCGCUUCGUGCCAAAGCUGGAUUUCCUGGCGAUGACGAAUGUAGCCUGCAGUCUCCAGCAGCUGGACCACAAGUGCGCCCGAGGGCUGCGCGGGAGAUGUAUACGGCCCAUUACUUUCGUUGGCGUAAGAUUGAGUGACAUUUGGGAGUUUCGGUUAAUACUCGAAUAG